AUUGCAAUUUAAUUCAAAACUCAUUUUAUUAUUAUGAAGUUGAAUGUAUUUCAUUAUUUGAUAUUCAUUAUGUUAGAGUAUUAUGGAUUAUGUAAAUGUCAAAUGACAAAGGAACAAUUCAAUCUCCAUGGAAUACAUCAUAAACUUAAAGAUGAUAAUCAUGAUUUUAGAAUUUUUGAACAACCUCUGUUGAAACAUAAACGGGAUAAUACAUUACAACAAUAUGUGGAACGUUAUGUGAAACAGUGCAAUCCAAGUAUUACUUUAACGAAACAAUAUUUCAAUAAUACACUUAGUGUAAAUAUUUCUGACAAUAAAGAUAUUAAAAGUAUAUUCAAAGUAUGGUCAACCAAACAUUAUCCUUAUAGUUGCAUUGUUUAUGAUUGUUCAUCCUAUAAACAGUUAGUUACUUAUGAUACGAGAAAUAUUGCUUGUUCAAUUGGUGAUUGUAAGAAGCAAAGUAAUUCAGGCAAUAUUAUCCUAUGUAACUAUUAUCCAGUAGUAAGUGUGAACAAUCGACCAGAUGAAGCCUAUAAAGAUGAAUCAAAUACGAAUUCUUAUACUGUAACAAUUGAAGUUCCUCCAGAAACUACUUCUUAUAUGCUUGAUCGUGGACGAUGUGAAUGUAUUUGUUAG